AUGGGUGAAGCAGAGAUGGGUUCAGUGUUAGAGCAGACACUGAAGUAUCUUUGUUGCUGUAAUGGGUGGUCUUACGGUGUUUUUUGGCGCUUUGAUAAGAGAAAUUCAAUGUUGUUAACAAUGGAAGAUGCCUACUUCGAAGAGCAAAUGGGGCCAUUGGUUGACAGUAUGCUUCUAAAAUUCCACAUCCUAGGUCAAGGUGGCUGUGGCGAAAAUACAUUCAAAUUUGCCAAAAUUUUUCUCUGUGGAUCAUUUAGUUUAAAAACAAGAAGAGAAAAUUCGGAGUACUACAACAUCUCUAACAGGGCAAAUCUUGUUGUUUUUGUCAACUUAGAAUUAUUGGCCAAGCCGCUCUCACGGGAAUGCAUCAAUGGAUUUUCUCAGACUCCCAUGGAUGAAUCUAACUUCCAAAACCAAUUUUCAUGUGGGAUAAAGGUGCCUUUCAAUUUGUCAAAAUGUUUAACCAGAUUAUUUCAGUAUCUUUUCCCUUUGUCUCUGUAUAAUCUACAUUUAUUUAUAAUCAAAUAUGAUCUGCAGACAAUUGCAAUAAUAUCCAUAGAAAGAAGGGGAGUGGUUCAGUUUGGAUCCACGGAUAAGAUAUUAGAGAGAUUGGAAUUUUUGGAUGAAGCAAAGAAGUUGUUUUAUGACAUGGGAAGUUGUCAUGGGCUUACCCCUUUGGAAAUUGAAACAUGCUGUCUAGAUGGAUUUUUAUCUUCACUACCGUCAUGUGGAAAUUUUUACAAGGAGAAUCUGACAACUGAACAAGUUAGCUGCUCUAGAGAGCCGAACGGCUGGCCACGUUCCUUAAAGAAACUAACUAAAUCCUCCAGUUUUAUGCGUGAUAUUCAAGAUCAUAAUAUGAACUCUGUGCAACAUAAUUUAUCUCAGAUCAGAAGUCAAUUGCGAACAAGUAGCACAGAAGCUCAAAUUAUAUCAUCCGGUAAGAUCUCCGCUGUUAACUGCUUGGCUGCUGAUACCCCUAGCGCUAGUACGUGGACUAGUGACGGUUCAAUUUCGACUUCAUUUAAGACACCAUUGCCAUCUGAAACGAGCAUUCGGGAUUCUCCAAAUCCGCUUCCUAAAAGGGCAAAUGAUCUUAUACUUGGUGGAAAUGCGGAACAAAAUUUACAGGGUGAUUCAACGUUUACUUCAUUUUAUUGCACAGGAGAACUGGUUGAUGCAGAAUUACCUACUCUAGACAGCUUUGUGAAAACAGCAGAAAAUCAACAUUCUUUUGGAACUAACGGUGGACUUCUGGAUUGUGUAAUUAACCUACAAAGAAUUACUGAGGAGUUUAACCCAGUUGACUUUACAACAGAUCUCUCCAGCUCCUUUAAACUGGAUGAUCUCUCUCAGUGGUUUUCUACUUCACUCCAGCAUAACAUCAAUGGAGCAGGAGCUACAAUGAUUAAGGAUCCUUCAUGUUCAGUAGGAGUUACCUCUGUGUCAUCCACUCUGAUAGGAGGUGAUACCGUAAUUGACAUUCCACUCAGACCAGCCGCUAAUUUAUUGCAAAGCUCCAUCUCUGAUACAUUCACAUCUAAUUUAGAGAAAUCUACAAUUGUUCAUGAUAAUGGAAAUGAUCUGUUUAACGCUGUGGGACUGGAUUUUGGAUUUGGAAAAACUGGGGUGUUCUUGGAAGAUAUUAUCAUGCCAUUGUUGCAUGGUGAUAACUCAGCUGUUACUUCAGGAAUGUCAGAAUCCAUUUCUGAAUUGGAUGUUCAUUCCAUGACUGGCAUGCGAAAAGGAUUAUUCUCUGAACUAGGCCUUGAGGAUCUUCUAGAUGGUGUUGUAGGUCAUUCUUGCUCUGGUGGGAGCAUGAAUCUGGUGCAGCAUUCACAUAAUUGGGACAAGAGUAAUAACACUAUAUUCAACAAAGAGUUUCACCAUAAAUCACAAGAAGGCUUAUGGAUGGAUGAUAGCUACAGUGUAAACGCUGGACAUGCUGUUGUUGCAACAUCAAAGAAGCCCUCCAGGAAAAGGGCUAAACCUGGCGAAAGUACUAGACCAAGGCCCAAAGAUCGUCAGCUGAUCCAAGAUCGUAUCAAAGAGUUGAGAGGGAUUAUCCCUCAUAGUGGAAAGCAGUUGAGCAUUGAUCAUCUAUUGGAGCGGACCAUCAAACACCUGCUUUUCUUGCAAGGCAUGACCAAAUAUGCAGACAAGAUUAAACAAGCUGAUGAGCCUAAGCUUAUUGGCCAGGAGAAUGGAAUGCUUCCCAAACACAACAAGAUGAGUGGUGGUGCUGCAUGGGCAUUUGAAGUUGGGGCUGAGAGUAUCCCUAUUCUAGUUAAGGACCUAAAUCCACCUGGCCAAAUGCUUAUAGAGAUGCUCUGUGAAGUUCGAGGAUUCUUUCUUGAGAUAGCAGAUGCCAUUAGGGCCUUGGGUUUGAAUAUCUUGAAGGGAGUGAUGGAGCUCCAAGAAGAUAAGAUAUGGGCACGAUUCAUUGUUGAGGCAAACGAGCAAGUGCAAAGGGCAUAUAUAAUUUGGUCUCUUCUACCGCUUCUGCAGCAAACUGGCAUCGGUAGGAUUGAUUCUGCAAGUCAGCCAAGCAGGGACAUCGAUGGUGGGAUUUCCUUAUUCAAAUAUUACCAGCAACCUUUGUUGCUGCCUCCUGUCAGCAUGGCUGAGACAUUUCAAUAACUAGAACACACAUUUAAGGGUUCCAGAAGUACCUUGAGCAUUCACAUCUAAAGGGCCUGCUGUGAUUGGUGCUCUGGAAAUUGAAGAGCCAAAACUGAAGACAGAGGAGGUUCUUCAUUCCAUUUUCAACUGCCUUAGGCACAAUGUAUAUCAUUGGUAGACUAGGAAAUAUUCUCAAAGGUGUAGCAACUGAUCCGUUUGCUCCCUCUAUAGUUUCUGAAAAGGGAGGAGAGACUAUGGGAUGUGGAGCCCGCCAGCACAAGGCGCAAAGCCCUGAUAAAAACUUGUCUCAUCAUUGGCCGGGGACCAAUCUGUUUUGCAUGCGAGGGGCCUAACUGAUGGAUAUUGAACUAUAUAGUUCCUAGCUUUUAGCUUCUUGCUUGCUGCUCCUGCCAUAAUUUGUUUAUA